ACCUUCUUGGCAAGGCCACACCCCGCUGCUCCCUGGCAUUAAGGUGGAGUUGUAUAAUCUGCCUCAAGCUACGCUGAGCAGAGAACUCUUAAUGGUUUAGUCCACCUCUUCACCUCCUCCCUCCCCUCAUCUUUCCACGAUAUUCUUCCUUUGUGCUCCUCCCUCAAACACACCUUAUGCAAAUGACACCAUUUUCAGACGGCACAGCCGGCUUUGUUUACACAGCAAUCCGACCGCAGCCGGUUGCCCUGCUGUGCUCUGCUCCAGCAAAUAAAUGUGUGUUCAGAGUUUGGAGGGAAGGAAUAGCCAGCCUUGAGCGUCAAGGGACUGCAACUCCAAGUUUCUACUUCGCUCAGAGGCCACACGUGUGGUGAAAUUCUUCACAAGAGGUGAAACAAGAGAACAUUUUGUUCUUCAGCUUUGUUUGAAUUAAUUUUUUUGAACAAACCCUCCACCGUUGCACUGCUGUUUUUUCAUUGGACAAGGUGGGAAAAACGGUGAAGAACAGGCGGCAACAUUUUCAAGCUUGUGUUGUGCCUUACUGAGGCACAGCUUUGAAGGAAUCUAGAAGAGGAGGACAAAUCAAGGCAUUUUGGAUAUACUAAACUUUUAUCUUCUGGAAAGCCCUCUGAAGGAUUUGAUAGAUUUGUAGGGGGAAAGGUUGCCUCUCGUGUGCUAUGCCGGAAAACUUCCAUUCACUCUGUACCUGAGAGGAAUAUUAGGAGAGAGAUCCAGAAAAAAAGGCCAUGGAACUGGACCGCAGGGACCGAGAGCCCUGCUUGUCCCCCGCAGCAUUUGUUAAUCAGGUGCAAUACUCUAACAUCCUGGAAGGAAGGUUUAAACAGCUGCAAGAUGAGCGUGAAGCAGUACAAAAGAAGACUUUUACCAAAUGGGUAAACUCUCACUUAGGCCGAGUGACUUCUCGCAUUGGUGACUUGUACACCGACCUGCGUGAUGGCCGCAUGCUAAUCCGCCUUCUGGAAGUGCUCUCGGGAGAACAGCUGCCAAAGCCCACUAAGGGCCGCAUGCGUAUCCACUGCCUGGAGAAUGUUGAUAAAGCCCUGCAGUUUCUAAAGGAGCAAAAAGUCCAUCUAGAGAACAUGGGUUCACAUGACAUCGUGGAUGGGAAUCACCGUCUCACCCUGGGUCUCAUCUGGACCAUCAUCCUUCGCUUCCAGAUCCAGGACAUUAGUGUGGAGACGGGGGACAACAAGGAGAAGAAAUCCGCUAAAGAGGCCCUGCUGCUUUGGUGCCAAAUGAAAACUGCUGGAUACCCCAAUGUCAACAUCCACAACUUCACCACCAGCUGGAGAGAUGGCCUGGCGUUCAGUGCCAUCGUGCACAAACACAGACCCGACGUGAUUGAGUUUGACAACUUGAAGAGGUCGAAUGCUCACCAUAAUCUCCAGAAUGCGUUCAAUGUGGCUGAGAAGGAUCUUGGGCUCACCAAACUGCUGGACCCAGAAGAUGUUAAUGUUGAUCAACCUGAUGAAAAGUCCAUCAUUACCUAUGUGGCAACCUAUUACCAUUACUUCUCGAAGAUGAAAGCCCUGGCAGUGGAGGGCAAACGAAUUGGCAAGGUACUGGACUACGCUAUCGAGGCUGACCAACUGAUUGAGAAGUAUGAGACCCUUGCCUCGGAGCUGCUCCGGUGGAUUGAGCAGACCAUAAGGACGCUUAAUGAUCGUCAGCUAGCUAAUUCACUGAAUGCUGUGCAAAACCAGCUGCAGGCAUUUAACUCCUACCGAACUGUGGAGAAACCCCCCAAAUUUACAGAGAAGGGAAACUUGGAAGUUCUCCUCUUCACUAUCCAGAGCAAGAUGAGAGCAAACAAUCAGAAAGUCUACAUGCCAAGAGAGGGUAAACUCAUCUCUGACAUCAAUAAGGCAUGGGAGCGACUAGAGAAGGCCGAGCAUGAACGAGAGCUGGCACUGAGGAAUGAGUUGAUUCGUCAGGAGAAGCUGGAGAUGCUCGCUGCACGUUUUGACCGCAAAGCAGCGAUGCGGGAAACGUGGCUGAGUGAGAACCAGAGGCUGGUAUCUCAGGACAACUUUGGAACUGACUUGGGUGCUGUGGAAGCUGCCACUCGUAAACAUGAAGCAAUUGAGACAGACAUUGGGGCAUAUUGGGAGCGUGUGGCUGCUGUGGAGGCUGUUGCCAAAGAGCUGGAAGCAGAGCGGUACCAUGAUGUGCGGCGUGUAAUUGCGCGGAGGGAUAAUGUGCUUCGUCUCUGGGAAUACCUGAAAGAGCUUCUGGCUGCACGCAGAGAGCGGCUGAACGCCCAUCGUGACCUUCAGAGACUGUUUGAAGAGAUGCGCUACAUCAUGGACUGGAUGGCAGACAUGAAGGGUCGUCUGCAGUCUCCGGACAGUGGCAAACAUUUGCAUGAUGUGUUAGACCUCCUGCAGAAACACACUCUGGUAGAGGCUGACAUUUCAGCUCAGGCCGAGAGGAUCAAGGCAGUUCAGGGAGCGGCACAGCGCUUCACUUCCUAUGAACAGGCCUACAAACCAUGUGAGCCGGGACUAGUUAGUGAGAAGGUUGACCUCCUCGGUCAAGCCUAUGAGGAGCUUGGUCAGCUUGCUGGGAAACGCAGAGUGCGCCUUGAGGAGUCACGCCGCCUGUGGCAGUUUCUGUGGGAUGUGGGAGAAGAAGCAGCCUGGAUCAGAGAGCAGGAGCAGAUCCUGGCCAGUGGAGACUGUGGCCGUGACCUCACUUCUGCCCUUCACCUGCUCAGCAAACACGAGGCCUUCAGUGAUGAGAUGGCAGCCCGUUAUGGCCCCCUGAGCAACAGCAUUGCUGCCGGAGAAGCUUUAGUUGAGGAGGGACACUUUGGAGCCCCAGAGGUCACCGAGAGGAUUGAUGACAUCCGUGCACAGUGGACACAUCUGGAGGAGACAACUAAGCUCAGAGAGCUGAGUCUCAAAGAAGCUGUGGCCCUGCACCAGUUUCAAACGGAUGCCAAUGACAUGGAGGCAUGGAUCAUGGAGACACUUAGACAGGUGUCAAGCCAGGAAGUGGGCCAUGAUGAGUUCUCCACACAAACUCUGGCUCGCAAGCAGAGGGAGGUAGAGGAGGAGAUCCAGAGUCACCGCCCCGGCAUCGACUCCCUGCAUGAGCAAGUCGAGGCACUGCCACAAGCCUAUAUACAUUACCCUCAGGUGGAUGGUCGUCUACCUGCUAUUGAGCAGAGUUAUGAAGAACUGGAGUCUCUGUCGGUCGCUCGGCGCCAGGCUCUCGAAGGUGCCCUGGCCCUCUACCGCAUGUUCAGUGAAGCUGGUGCCUGCCAGCUCUGGGUGGAGGAAAAGGAGCAGUGGUUAGAUGGCAUGGAGAUCCCUACCAAACUGGAGGACUUGGAGGUGGUGCAACAGAGAUUUGAGACACUGGAACCUGAGAUGAACAACCUAGGUACUCGUGUCACUGAUGUGAACCAGGUGGCCGAGCAGCUGCUGAGCUCCGACAACUGUAACAAAGACCAAAUCCAUCAGACACGAGACCAACUGCACAACAGAUGGAAGGAGUUCGAACAAAUGGCUGGCCAAAAAAAAAUAGCCCUUGAGUCGGCCCUCAACAUUCAGAACUACCACUUGGAGUGUAAUGAGAUCCAAACUUGGAUGAAGGAAAAAACCAAAGUGAUUGAAUCCACCCAGAGCCUGGGCAAUGACCUGGCUGGUGUGAUGGCACUGCAACGCAAACUCACUGGCAUGGAGAGGGACCUGGAGGCCAUUCAGGGCAAACUGGAUGACUUGAGAAACGAGGCUGAACAACUGGCCAUGGAACAUCCAGAUCAGGCAGGAGAGAUUCAAGGACACCUGUCAGGGAUUCAAGAUGUGUGGAAGGAGUUGAACGCCACCAUGAAGCGGCGCGAGGAGUCAUUGGGCGAAGCCAGCAAGCUGCAGGGUUUCCUCAGGGAUCUGGAUGACUUUCAGUCCUGGCUGUCCCGUACCCAGACAGCCGUGGCCUCAGAGGACAUUCCAACCUCUCUGCCUGAGGCUGAGAGUUUGCUAACCCAGCAUGAGAGUAUUAAGAAUGAGGUGGAUAACUAUAAGGAGGACUACGAGAAGAUGCGAGCGCUCGGUGAGGAGGUGACCCAAGGCCAGACAGAUGCCCAGCACAUGUUCUUGGCCCAGAGACUGCAGGCACUGGACACUGGCUGGCAUGAGUUGCAUCGCAUGUGGGAGAACCGGCACAGUCUCUUGGCCCAGGCCUUUGACUUCCAGAAUUUCUUGAGAGACGCAAAGCAGGCAGAGGCUUUCCUCAACAGCCAGGAGUAUGUGCUGUCCCACACAGAAAUGCCCACCAGUCUUCAAGGAGCAGAGGAGGCCAUUAAGAAGCAUGAGGAUUUCCUCACCACAACGGAGGCCAGUGAGGAGAAGAUAACUGGUGUGGUGGAGGCUGGACGGCGCCUCAUUAAUGACAGCAAUGCAAACUCUGAUAAGAUCCAGGAAAAAGACGAUUCCAUCCAGGAAAGGCAUCUUAAGAAUAAGGAGGCUGCAAAUGAAUUGCUGGCUAAGCUUAAGGACAACCGGGAACUGCAGCACUUCCUCCAAGAUGGACAGGAGCUCACAUUGUGGAUAAAUGAGAAGAUGCUGACUGCACAGGACAUGUCUUAUGAUGAGGCCAGAAAUCUUCACAGCAAGUGGCAGAAGCAUCAGGCCUUCAUGGCAGAGCUGGCCUCCAACAAAGACUGGCUGGACAAAAUUGAUAAGGAGGGUCAGGCACUGGUGGCCGAGAAGCCGGAGCUAAAACCUGUGGUGCAGCAGACCCUGGAGGACCUACAGCGUCAGUGGGAGGAGCUGGAGGGCACCACCCGCACCAAGGCCCAGUGCUUGUUCGAUGCUAACCGGGCAGAGCUCUUUACACAGAGCUGCUCUUCUUUGGAUGUCUGGCUGAAAAACCUUGAGGGUCAGCUGCAUAGCGACGACUAUGGCAAAGAUUUGACCAGUGUCAACAUCCUGCUCCAGAAGCACCAGAUGCUGGAGCACCAGAUGGACGUCAGAGAAAAGGAGGUGGAGUCCCUUCAGUCUCAGGCUCUGGCCCUGUCCCAGGAAGACGCUGGAAUUGCUGAGGUAGAUGGUCAACAAAGGCGUGUCACUGACAACUUCUCCAACCUUCAGGACCCUCUCAAACUAAGGAGACAUCGACUACUGGCCUCCAAAGAAGCACAUCAAUUCAACAGAGAUCUGGAGGAUGAAAUUCUUUGGGUGAAAGAGAGGAUGCCCCUGGCGGCCUCCACAGACCAUGGAAAAGACCUUCCCACCGUACAGCUGCUAAUCAAGAAGAACCAGACAUUGCAGAAGGAGAUCCAGGGCCACCAGCCUCGCAUCGAUGACAUCCAUAGACGAGGCCAGACUCAGAGCCAGGUAGAUGGCGAGAGACAGUCUGUCCUGGAGGAGCGACUUGUUGAGCUGCGGGACCUCUGGGACCAGCUGAUAGCCGAGACGGACAAGCGCCAUGCCCGUCUAAUAGAGGCAAAUCGUGCUCAGCAGUUCUAUGCUGAUGCAGCGGAGGCGGAGGCCUGGAUGGGAGAACAAGAGCUACACAUGAUGUCAGAGGAAAAAGCCAAGGAUGAGCAAAGUGCACUAGUGAUGGUCAAGAAGCACCAGACCCUGGAACAGGCACUUGAAGACUACGCCCAAACCAUUCACCAACUAGCCAACAGCAGCCGCAUCAUGGUCAACGGUGAACAUCCGGAGAGCGAGAGAAUCACCUUACGGCAAGCCCAAGUUGACAAACUGUAUGCCGGGUUGAAAGACCUCGCUGAGGAGCGUCGCGGUCGACUUCAGGAGAGACUGCGACUGACCCAGCUGAAGCGGGAGGUGGAUGAACUGGAGCAGUGGAUUGCUGAGAGGGAGGUGGUUGCUGGCUCUCAUGAACUAGGACAGGACUAUGAACAUGUCACAAUGCUUAGGGACAAGUUCCGGGAGUUUGCUCGUGACACCAGCACCAUUGGCCAAGAGCGUGUCGAUGGUGUGAAUGGGCUUGCAGAUGACCUGAUUGAGUCGGGUCACCCUGAAAACGCUAGUGUGGCUGAAUGGAAAGACGGGUUAAACGAGGCUUGGGCUGAUCUGCUGGAGCUGAUCGACACGCGCACGCAAAUGUUAGCAGCCUCCUAUGAGUUGCACCGCUUCCAUCAAGAUGCCAUGGAGGUGCUUGAGCGUGUUAAGGAGAAGAGGGAAGGGCUGCCUUCUGACCUUGGCCGUGAUCUGAACACCGUUCAGCAUCUACACAGACAACACAACACUUUCGAAAAUGACAUCCAGGCCCUCAGUGGACAGGUGAACCAAGUGCAGGAUGAUGCAGCCCGGCUGCAGAAGGCUUAUGCUGGGGAGAAGGCGGACGACAUUAACAGGAGUGAACAUGCUGUAACUUCUGCCUGGGAGGGCCUGCUUGAGGCUGGUCAGGCCCGUAGGCUCCUCCUGCUGGACACUGUGGAGAAGUUCCGUUUCUUCAACAUGGUGCGAGACCUGAUGCUCUGGAUGGACGGUGUCAAUCUGCAGAUAGAUGCACACGACAGCCCCAGGGAUGUGUCUUCUGCAGGGCUGGUCAUUGCCAAUCAUCAGGACAUCAAGUCUGAGAUUGAGACCAGGGCAGACAGCUUUACUGCCUGUAUCGAGAUGGGGAAUUCUCUCAUCAACAAUAAUCACUAUGCAGCUGAUGAGAUCCGGGAGAAACUGGCUCAACUUCAGGAAAAGAGAGAAAAGAUCAACAACAAGUGGCAAGACAAGAUGGACCAUUUACAAAUUGUGCUGGAGGUGUUGCAGUUUGGACGUGAUGCCUAUGUGGCAGAGUCUUGGUUGGCAGGGCAAGAACCUCUGGUGCGAGCUGCAGAGCUGGGCUCAAAUGUGGAUGAGGUAGAGAGCCUAAUCAAGCGCCACGAGGCCUUUGAGAAAUUUGCUGUUGCCUGGGAGGACCGCUUUGUGCUGCUGGAGAAACUCACGACUCUUGAGGAGCAUGAGAUCCAGAAGAGGCGAGAGGAAGAGGAGAGAGCAAGGCGACCCCCUACACCACCCCCAGCAGAAGUGGCACAAUCUGAAACAGAAAGUCAUGUACAUGACUCUGCAGCCAGAACCAGUCUGGACCAGACUACACUCAAUCAGUCUGUGUCAGUGAAUGGAGUUCACAGCGACAAUGACACAUCGCAGCAGUCAUUAUCGCUAUCGUUGUCAGUGGGAAAGAAAUCAGAGCCUAAGCGUGUGUGUAAGCCAAAGCAGCCGGAGCGUGGCUCUGAGACGGAGUCGGUGAACGGACCAGGCAGGGACAGUGGGCUGGCAUCCUCUCGCCUUGAGCCUUCUGCCACGUUACCGGGCAGGGGUGGAGCAGAGCCAGAUACCAUGGAGGGGAUGCUCAAUCGAAAACAGGAGAUGGAGUCCCACAGCAAAAAGGCGCCUAGCAGGUCCUGGCAGAACGUGUACUGUGUCCUAAGAAAAGGAAGUCUUGGUUUCUAUAAAGACGGCAAGAGCGCUAGCAAUGGUAUUCCAUACCACGGAGAGGUACCCAUCAGCCUGGGAGAGGCUGUGUGUGAGGUAGCAAACGACUAUAAGAAGAGGAAAUUUGUCUUCAAGCUCAGGCUAGGGGAUGGAAAAGAGUACCUGUUUCAGGCAAAGGAUGAGGCUGAGAUGAGCUCCUGGAUCCGUUCCAUCCUCAGCGCCAUUCCAACAGGAUCAGCAGACUCGCCAGUCGGUCCACGGGCCCUCAGCCGUGCCAUGACGAUGCCGCCCAUCUCCCCCAGCUCAGGUGAAGCCGGAGGUGUUACCAUGCGCAACAAAGACGGGAAAGAGAAGGACCGUGAGAAGAGGUUCAGCUUCUUUGGCAAGAAAAAAUAAAACACUUGUGUUAUCGCUGGAAACAACAUGUGUCUAAAUUUCAACAAACUGAAGCAGUCAGAAAGCAAAGUACAGACAGGUAACGCAAACACACUGCUCAGUGCAGACCCCGAGGAAUGUGUCAACGGCUACUGUAUGUGGCUUACCGAGAACUUUUUCUUUUCUUUCUCUCAUUCUCUCCCUCGCCCAUUUUUAUCUGUCAUUUACCUUUUCGUUCACCCGAUUUCAUAUUUCACAUUUAGCUGCACCCGACAAUGAAAGCCCUCAUCCAAAUCCAGGCAAAGAGCUUAACAGCUGUGGGUGGCAUUAGUAUGGAUUCAGGACCAGUUCAGUUUCAAUCCACCAAAACGUCCCACCUUGAGAAUGAAUAUGUUCUCUUCAGUGAGUCUUGACUGGGUUGUGGUGGAGACUUUUCAUCAAUGGCCAAUGUUCUGCGAGGAAUACAAAGGCCUCAGUAAGUAAGUACGAGUCUUGACUCGCGGAGCCGUUUUCAUGCCGUGUCACUAAUAAAAAUGGAUGGUGGCUUUCCACUGGGGUGCACUGGGUUUUAUUUCCCUGAUUUAAAGCACUCUCUGUUUGGGAGCAUCACAUCAGUCUCUUUUUCUGUUCUUGGUAUUGAUGUCAUUAACCUGACCGAUUAUUUUUGCUAUAAUUAUUAUUAUUAUUAUUAUUAUUUAUCUUUUGCUAUUGCUGGUUUGAGAAAACAAGCUAAUUAAUUUGCCAUUAGAUAAUCUUGAUUAAUGUUGUGGAGAGAAACACAUUUGGUUAAAUUAGUGCAGAAUGUUGGGCUUGCCCUUGUAUGUAAUAUUUUGUUUUUUAGGAAUGACAGUUGAUGAGGUGUUUUGAGAAAAAAAUAAAGCUCAUUAAAUUUUAGAAGUGUGCAGUAAGUGAUCACAAUUUUCAUUGGGAAAAUAAUAUAUAUAUAUAUUUAAUAAGUGGUUUUAUUUUUUAUUUUGUCUCUAAUUUUGCCUGUAUUUGGUCUUUUCUGCUUGAUUUUCAACAUUUAUUUUUUUCUGUACAAAGCAGAGAAGAUUAGUUUUCUAGUGUGUGUGCGUGUGCGUGGGUGCGUGUGAGUUGUGGUGCUGUGGACUUUGCACGUUUAUGUUAUGAAUGCUGCUUUUUGGUACGCAAAUGCAGACGAAACCAGACACAAAAUACUAUUACUGGAAUGAUUUCAUAAAAUUAGAUUUUCUUCGCUUCUGGUUUUUAUCAUGUCAGCUGACAUCACCAAUGAAGUUUCACAAGACGGUUUAAUUAUUUUUGUUUUAGUCUUCUAAUAUCUAUAUCUGUUCUCUCUCUACUGGUGUGAUGGCGUGGGGGCUGUUUGUAGAUACAAAGCUGAAGCACAUUCUCUGUGGCAGCCAGCGGGUCAGCGGGUCAACAGGACGGGUCUCAUUAAGGGAUGGGAUAUUGGCUCGGCAGGGAAGAAUGCGGUUUAUGUGCUACAUGACAGACGGGUGUAUUGAGCCUUACUUGAACCCACUACAUAUACACUGAACCCCUUUUUACAAACCCACCCUCCAUUCGAACAGUCUUAAAGGAAGCUUUCGUCGUACGAAGACAGGAAUGUUUUAGAAAAUGUGCCCUGUGGCAAUGACCUAAUGUAUGCCAGUGGAUUAUGUAUGCAGGUACAACAUGCGUUGCAGGAAUCAUGGAAAGCUUUUCUCACUAACUGGCAGAGAGGGAAGAGUCCUAAAUUGUCUCUCAGACGAGCUUUGUGCUCUUGCAUAUGUGGCAUGACUUCAUGUAGGUUUAUACUUGUAUGUGCGUCAUCAUGGCCAUCUAUUCUCUUCCGUGUGGAUGUACUCUGAAAACAUGACAUCACUUCAUAUUCAGGGUUGGAGAGCAACUCAUUAUGUGUAAUUGGCAUUUACAGUAAUCUGAAACAAGAUCAUGGCAAUCCAAUAUAGCUAAUGUACAAAUAUGAUAGGCGUUUAUUAUUUUCCUCAAAUACGUUACAUGUUUGAAAUGAUAAAGACUUUAACAGUAUGUUGUGAGACUGUAGGCAGUAGUGGAAUUUUAUAUAAAUUCGUUGUUAUUAUAGUCGGUCACUUAAAUCCAAGUUUUAAUUUAACCGUUCUAACUGCCAAAAUGCCACAGGAAGUUACGGGACAACAAUUCUGAAUUCAAGAGAUUUAUUUCAAGUAGGUUGCAAGUAAUUAUUUUGUAAUUGAUUCCACCUUGAAAGUAACUCUUUAGAGCUGGUAAUUGCCUGGAUGUGUAUACCAUGCCUUGGAGGUCUCAUACGUGCACAGAAAUGUCACAACAAAAUGUAGUGACAACACAAACAGCUGGGAAUAAACAGGUUGGCCUUAUCUUGCGGUCCCAAAGGAAUGUGGAACCAGUGGUCUAUUGUUCAAAGACCCCCGAAGCCAGAGAUGAGAAAUAUCUGAACACCCACUUUGAGCCGACUGAGAAGUGGACCCUCUGGUCCAAACGCUCUCAAACUGCCUGCCUUGUCUCUGUCGGGGGGGAUUCUGUCUCCGGUGGGCGACCCUGCUCCCAGUUUAAGUAGCCUUAAACAAAGCUACCAACUGGGAACCAAGUCAAUAAGGUCAUUGCAUACAUAAGUGAGCCAAUGCAGUUGAGUACAUUGUGCACAAUUUCGAAUGGAGGAGUCAUUCCUCCCCAGUGGCUGCUGGGCUGUUUAUAGUGAUCAUUGCUUCCUUUUCUCUGCGCUGGACAUCGGACACAGCGUUCAGUUGAUGUUGGGGUCUCGAUGUUUAAAGGUCACACAGUGUAUUUUCUUAUCGGCUCAUUUGAAUGUGAAUGAUUCAAAUUAGUUUGGCCAAAUUGGUCAUGAGAAGCAAAAGUAUUUCGCAUACGUGACAUUCUGUACACAAACUUCCACUUUCACACACACUCGCACAUUAACACUGUAUAAUUUUAAAGCAGAAUGACCCUGGCAAUCCAGUUUUGUGGAUAUGUCCUCAGCUGGCUGUGAUUCGAUGUUGAAUAUGGCAUCCUUUUUAAAAUAGCAUUGUGCUACUGGUGAGCUUUGACCAGAACAUGAGAAGUGGGGUAUUAUUCAUGUCAAAGAGUACUUGUACAAACUUGUACUUCAUGAAGAAAAACAACAACUUUUACUUGUUAAGUAUUUGACAUGGGUGAAAACAGACUGGUGACAAUUUGAGCUUCCUUUUUUUUUUUUUUUAAAGGCAGGAUACUUGCUGUCUAGUGGGAGCUUGUGUUUUUUCAUCCAGUGGUCUGUCUUGCAGCAUUUGAUAAGCCUGUCCUCCUACCUUCAUUUCUCAUUAUUUUUGACAAAUGUCUGUUCCUUCCUCUGUAAUUCAGAGUUGUUAAUACCACUACUAUUAUUAAUUGCUAUUAUAAUCAGUAUUGCUACUGUUGUUACUAUUACUACUACUGUUACUAAUGCAACUUAUUGCAAAAAGUAUAACUGCUGUCCAUUUUCAGGUACGUGUCUGUGAUACCAGACACUUCCACACGAUGUCAGUGUGCUGUGGAGCAUUUUCAUUACAAAUCGAAAAUAAUGUUUGUUGACUUGUGUAUCUACAUCUAAUAUUAGGAAUAAUAAAACAUGGUUUAAUCAAAA